AUGGCACACAACUUGUCUCAAUGUCAAAUACUUGUUAAAAAGGCUGUUGAGGCCGGCGCAAAGGCGCUUUUCCUUCCUGAAGCAUCAGAUUACAUAGCCACAUCGCCGUCAGAAACCGUCUCGCUCGCUCAGCCUGUACAGCGGAGCGCAUUCGUUCUCGGUCUGCAGAAAGAAGCUCGGGAAUCCAAAAUACCAAUCAAUGUGGGAAUUCAUGAGCCAGCCCAAGGGGGUGAGAAGGUGAAGAAUACGUUGAUAUGGAUUGACGAAGUUGGGGAAAUUACGCAACGGUAUCAAAAAUUACAUCUGUUUGAUGUUGACAUCAAGGAUGGCCCUGUAUUGAAAGAGAGCAAGAGUGUCGAAAAAGGGAUGGGAAUUCUACCUCCAUUUUUCACACCAGUUGGCCGUGUUGGCCUCAGCAUCUGCUUCGAUCUCCGCUUCCCAGAAGUCAGUCUAUCCCUCAGGCGACAAAGUGCACAGAUAAUAACCUACCCAUCCGCAUUCACCGUGCCUACGGGUCAAGCACACUGGGAACCCCUUCUCCGAGCACGGGCAAUUGAGACACAAUCAUAUGUCAUUGCGGCCGCCCAAGCUGGGGUCCAUAAUUCGAAGAGGGUUAGCUACGGACAUUCCAUGAUCGUCAAUCCGUGGGGAGAGGUGGUUGCUGAGCUUGGGGAUGGGAGCCUGUCACAAGAGCCGGAGAUUGCAGUUGCCAAUAUUGAUCUGGAACUUCUAGAAAAGGUGAGGAGGGAGAUGCCACUUUUGAGAAGGAUAGAUGUCUAUCCAGAAUAUUAG